CUUUUGUCCACCAUUCUCAGAAAGGCAACAUCGUCAACUUUUUCGAGGCAAAACAUUUGCGCUCUCGUACUCAGCAGCCAAACACUCGACUGACCGAUUUCUCAGGACCAGCGAAAUGGCUAAAAAGAGGUCUCACGAUCAGGUUGAGCCCGAUGUCGUCUCGAAGAAUCUCGAGUCUACAACCGAAGAGAAAAUUUCUUCAGCCAACAACAACAACCGGACAGGAAAAUCGAAAGGGCAAUCGCGGCAGGACAGGUCGGAGAGAAGGUCCAAGAAACAGAAAAAGUCGGCGGAUCAGUCUGAGCCAGCACACAGUGAUGCAGUGGAGAUUCUAAAGACGGAUGAGCACGAGGAGGCAGAGGAAUCUAUACCUGCGGCAGCAGCAUCUGGUGAAGAGAAGCCUAAGAAGAAGCAGAAAUUACGCGACCAGAAAGAGGAAAAGCACCAGUCAAGGUUCAUUGUCUUUGUCGGAAAUCUUCCUUUCGAUGCCACUGCCGCCCAGAUCAAGCAGCAUUUCUCUAAGCUUGCACCCACAAGCGUGCGAAUAUCGACAGACAAAACCACCGGGAAAGGCAAGGGGUUUGCCUUUCUUGAGUUUGACGUCUAUGAUAAGAUGAAAACAUGUCUAAAACUGUACCACCAUUCGAUUUUCGAUCCUCAACGUCAGCCUGGUUCACACUCGAAGGACGGAGCACGAGACGAAUGGUCCAAAGGCAGAAGAAUAAAUGUUGAAUUGACGGCUGGGGGAGGAGGCAAGAGCAAGGAGCGCAAGGAGAAGAUCAAGGCCAAAAACCAGAAGCUCGGAGAGCAAAGAGAGAGACAAAGGACCAAGGAGAAAAUUGAGAAGGAUGAGGCUGCUCGAAAGAAGCGAGAGGCUCCCGCGACUGGGCCAAACGCCGAUGCGAGCAAGGCGCCUACGGACGAUCGCGGGGCGAUCCAUCCAAGUCGACUUUCGCGAGUGCAGCACUGAACUGACAGGUCGGUUUGUUGCCAUGUAAUGCGCAUUGAAUAGAAACAAUACUUUUCAGAGAGGAUGUCCCAUUCGCACAUCACCUUGGACCACUGCUCCAUAUAUCAACGCCUGCAGCCCAGCUAUGUUGCACGUUAUUAUUCAUAUCGAGUUGCCUCUACAGUUGAAGGAUUGACUGUAACUUGGGCAAGACUCCCUGACGAAAGGAGCAAGCACUGAAGCCGGCACAUCUAUGUCCAUCUUUUGCAAUGCACCUAAAAGCCCCCCCAGUAACACAAAAAGAUCACAAGCUCGCUCAAAAAACUCCUAGAGGAUGGUGCAUCGCGAUUUCUUCUUAGUGGCGGUUGGUCGAGGAUUGAGCACGGCUCUGAGUCGAUGUUGUUAGUAUUCACCACAAAGAAGCAUGGCGGAAGUGGCAUGUCCUUACCUGAUCGCCUCGUCAAAGACGCUCUUCAGAUUCCGUUGCG